AUGGCCCCCCGAAAGAAACGUGGCAAGAAGAAGCCGACUGAUAAGGAUAUCAGUCCUGAUGGAAAUGAUAGCGCCACAGCACCCUUGAACAUUCCGAGGCUAGAAUUCACACGGCAAUACACGAAUGAUGACGGCUCGCCGGGCGCAAGGGAGGUGUAUUACUGGACUGCUAUGAAGAAAUACCUGAAAGACCAACAAAGCGCAAUGGGGCGAACUAGAUCUAACUGGACAAAACAAGUCCAGUGGGACCUUCUCGAUAUUGGGGGUUUGCAGGCGGAGUUCAACCGUACAAAAGGAGCAUAUGAAAAUGCGUUGGACGCAGAGAAAGAAGCAGCUAAAGCUCAGGGCAAGCAAAUCGCAUGGGGGACUCAAGGCCGUAACAAGAAACGGACGAUCUUCCAGAGAGAUCCAGCAGAGCGUGCUGCGUACGAAGCUGAGCGAUCAAGGACCAGAAUAUCGUAUAAGCUACAAGCGACAGGCGGAGAUGGUGGGUAUGAAGAUUGGAUGCGUUAUAUGCUCAACUACUACGACCGGCGCGAAAUCGGUGGCCAGAGGUACCAGUCCGGGCACGUCGACCGCUUGGGCAACGUUCUACGCGAUCUCGGCACGACGACACAAAGACCGCAAAUCGGAUCGGAAGAGCUACACAUGUGGACGCCUAGACCCAGACGCUGGCAUUCGGGUUUACCACCAAGGAUUGGCGUUGAUGAAAACGGCGUCGGAGAGAUGAUAGAUGGAGUCGAGCAGUUUCAUUACGCAGAUCACCCUAGAGAGGGUGACAUCAAUCUUCCCAUAAAUCUCAAUCUCAAUCUCGAGGAAAUCGAGAAGGAAAGGUCAAAGCAUGACGAUGUGCUACUUAAAGAUAGCGUAGAAAAGGGGUUAGGCUAUGCAACCCACACAGAGCGACGCGAGCUUGAGACCGCCCGCUUCGCAGGAAGCAGACCAAGUACGCUGGCAUUAAAUUCCAUCCGAUCGUUCGAAGGCGCGCCCUACGCAGAUCGAUGGGGCGAGAUGCGCACAGAUCAAGGUCUCUUUAUCGCGGCCAAGGAAUUGUCGUGGGACUGGCUGACAUCCUUCGAUUGCUUGGACAAGGUACGACCAGCUGAUUAUCCCACUAUUCUGCCAAUCAGUGCUGUGCGAGAUGAAAUUCUGUCGAGCGACGAUGAUGAUGGUGGCGAUGAAGACGAAAAGGAUCGUGAUCCUAUGAUACGUGGACCGGUACCUGGAGCCAGGAAGGACUCUGAGACACAAGAGCACUUAGAGAAUUCAGACUCAUCUCAAACGCCUGAAACAAGAGAAUCAGAAGAAAGUGAGCAAGAAGAUGGCAUCAAAAACAGCGAAGCACCCGUGGAAGAAGUACAGCUUCGAAGGAAGCGCAAUGCAAGUCCAGAUUAUCCAUACUUGAAGCAUGAGUUCUGCCGGAAGAAGAGGGCGCCACCUAAUGACGGUGAACAUCGCAUCGAUAUCACAUCAUGGGCAGAGGAAACAGACGGAAGACGCGAAUGGCACGUGUACAAAGAUUUAUCACCUGCGUCUGAAGUCUACUCUCCCCCAAGGUCCCCGAUCGACCCUGGGCAAAUAGACCCUGCUUCGUUACCUCCAACAAGUCGAGGAUUUGACUCAGCCCGCAUGUGGCAAGUUGAUGAUCAGCAUAUCAAGCCGCUCGAGGAUAGUAGAAGGCGAUGUAAACUCACGAAUGAGUGUCGAGCAUGGUGGCCUCAUCCGGCUGCGGAGUGUUGGGUCGCGUACUCUAAGAUUUCCCAAGGCCGAGAUGAUGGGUCGAAUAUCGAUCCACCGGAAAUACCGCUUCACAUGGCUGAGGGAGGCGUAGCCGUUUAUCAUGCAAGGAUCUCGGACCAUUACGGUAUCAAAGCGCAGACGAACUCAGAAGCAAGAUGGCCAGCCCUGGGUAUCAGAGUGCCGUACACACCAAUGACAUUCGAUGAUCGCAGAGGCAACCUUCCAGAAACAACACACGAUGCAAAUGCCACCAGUCUUCCAAAACCUGUGGAGAUCGGCGAACCUCAAGGCAUAAACAAGAGCACAUCCAGUAUCCCGCAUGGUUUCGAAGCCCAGGACGCCAGCCACCGGCACGCGUACGAAUUCCACUCCAUGACCGUACCAAUCGUUAAGGAGCCUCAAGAACCAUGGAGUAAAGUCGACGCGGAACCUGCGACAGGACCCUCUGAUGACGAGUCGGACGAUGGUGGCGACAUCUUUCACGCAUCGUAUGAGGAAGGGCCUCUUCCAAACCCAGCACCAUCGAAUCCGUCGAGCAACGGCUCAAUGGAUGAGUAG